CCAACACAAAAAAUAAAUUCGUUCACCAACAGGAAAUAUCAUCUUCAGUCAAGAAGUAAGUGCCAUUCACCAACCCGCACGCGGUACAAUUAUCAUGGUUUUUUUUUCUUCUUGAAAACAGCCCAUACUUACAUAGAUAAAUUUCAUCACCACAUGUGUUUUUUCAAGUUAUUUGAAAAAUACGAGUACACAGAGGCAUAAUCAAUUUUAUCAGUUGAACUAUACAAAUACAUAUUAAAAAUUUGGUGCUAACAACACUGUACCAGGCACCAAAUCGCACCACUCAAUAAGCGAAAAAAUUUAUCUGAUCAGAAAAGACGCUUUAUAAAGGUGAUGUAGAAUGAUAAAAUGCGUAAUUGUGAACUAGACAGGUGUUUGUUACACCGGUUCAAUGUGUGAUUUUCGCAUUUAUGCAAUUAAAAGCGGUGUUUAAUUGUUCGGUGUAAAUUAUAGUCAACAAAAUAUUGAUUACUUUUAUCAAGAAAAAUGAAGACAUCGACCAGAAGAGUAUGGCAUCAGACCAUAUCUGUGAUACCAGUUGCCUACAGCGAAUUAAUGAUGGGGUUCGGAUUCGGUUGGCUCGCACCAAUCCUCAAAUCACUCGAGGAUCCAGACAGCGUGCUCCCAUUAAGCUUAACUGAUGCAUCUUGGAUCGCAUCACUACACGAAAUGGGUCGAAUAUUCGGUCCACCAAUAUCUGCUCCACUCACAGACGUAAUAGGACGCCGAAUAAUUCUCACAAUUUGCUCUUUCAUCACUUUCUGUACCUGGUUUGCUAUCCUAUUCACCAGAUCCAUACCAAUAUUGUACGUGACACGAUUCGUUUUUGGAGUAGCAGUUGGAAUGUACGAUUCAGUGACUUCUAUCUAUAUAGCCGAAAACUGCUCGCCAAAAAUCAGAGGGACACUGUGCAGCGUAACCGUAGUAUUCUUUUUCGGAGCUGUAGUGGUCCAAUUCGCGUUAGCAUCGUAUUUAUCUUACGAUAACGUAGCGUUGGUGAAUCUGAUCACGUGCGGUGUAGGAGUCCUCUCCACUGUUCUACUAAAAGAACCGAUACAAUCUUUACUCUUGAGAAAUAAGGAAACAAACGCGGUGAAAAAUUUCAAAUAUCUUCAAGGUGAAGAAGACUGGGACGCUUUAAAGACCGAAUUCGACAUUAUCAAGAAAAACGUCGAAGAAGAAAAACAACUAAAACAAUCGUUGAAAAUACAGCUAUCAAAUUCGUACAAUAUUCGAUGCAUUGUGAUCGUAUUCAUAUUGAAUAUUUUAACCAUGGCUACCGGCUAUGGGGCAGUGAUGGCCUACGUAACAAAAAUAAUCCCGGAUUACGAAUCGUUCACGUCUUACGAAUUCACCAUUUGCUUCGGAGCUAUUCAAUUCUCAGCUGUGGUCGUAUCUUUAUUCAUAAUUGAUCGAUUUGAUCGACGUACUUUGCUCAAAGUUUUAUUCUUCCUGAUCGCUUUAAUUCAUCUUAGUACCGGAUUAAUAUACCAUUUUUAUCAGGAUGACCAACCUAAAUGGUAUUCGAUAUCAAUUUUCGCAACGUUGACGGCUUUUGCGUUCUUUUAUGGAAAUGUCGAUCCAAUUGUUCAUAUCACCAGAGGCGAACUAUUUCCACAGAGUGUCAAAGCCUUAGGAUGUGCAUUGUGUGUGAUGGCUCACGCCUCGAUGGGCUUUUUGACCACUAAGAUGUUCCUGAUAAUAUCCGAAGCUUAUGGUAUCCAGUAUAAUUUUUUUAUGUUUUCUUCCGUCAGUUUUAUGGCUUUUAUUUUUACUUGCUUCUUUUUACCUGAAGCCAGAGCAAGAACUUUGGUGGAUAUUCAUACAACAGAUGCCGAAAUUAAACGGAUAAAUACUAAAAUCGAAAAAUCUGAGAGUAGUAGUUCAAUGUGAAACUAUUUUCAGUCAAUCAAUCUUCUUUUCAUUUUUUUUUUUUGCCAUUUCAGUUAAAAUGUUUUGUACGUACUUGGUGAUUUUUCAAGAAUUUUUUUUUUCAAAUAAAUUUUUCACACAUUUGUAAACAGGAAUUUUUUAUAUCUACUUAGAAUAAUAAUUUUGUAAAAUAUUGAGAAAAAAAGUAUUCUAAUAAAUUUUGUACGCUUUUUA